UCUCCGGGCAGCCGCCGCCGCCGCCGCCGCCUGGGGCAGAGCGGUCGCGGACGCGCCACCUGCAGUGCCGGCUGCUGCUUUCUAUUUACUAGCAAGCACCUUUCCCCGCGGGAGAGUCCGGGAGCGCGCACAUACACACACACACACACACACACACACACACACUCACACUCACACACUCACGCUAGCGAGCGCGUCUUCACAACCGCAUCCCCAAACCGACAGUGCGAAGCUGCUGCGGUUUCUCUUAGCGUCCGCCUCGCGGGGAGAAGCAGAGCCGUCGUGCAGCAGGAGCGCCCGGUGCCUGGCCCCGCAGACCGCUCCCCCCGGCGGGACCUUUGCAGAGGCUGUUGACUCUCCCCAGGAUACUUCUCAACAACUCUUCCCCCUACCUACCUCUCCUCCAGCUGGAAUGCUUGCAAACUGCUAAGGCUGAGAUCCUGAGGAGCCCAGCUGGAGAAUGCCGUCUGAACGCUGCCUGAGUAUUCAAGAAAUGCUGACAGGCCAGAGGCUCUGCCACUCGGAAUCUCACAAUGAUAGUGUCUUGGCAGCGCUGAAUCAACAGAGAAGUGACGGCAUCCUCUGCGAUGUCACCCUGAUUGCCGAGGAACAGAAAUUCCAUGCUCACAAGGCAGUCCUAGCAGCAUGCAGCGACUAUUUCCGGGCCAUGUUCAGUCUCUGUAUGGUGGAAAGUGGAGCUGAUGAGGUGAAUUUACAUGGUGUGACCAGCCUUGGUUUAAAGCAGGCCCUGGAGUUUGCAUACACAGGACAGAUUUUGCUGGAGCCGGGCGUGAUCCAGGAUGUGUUGGCAGCUGGCAGUCACCUACAGCUGUUGGAGCUGCUCAACUUAUGUUCGCACUAUCUCAUCCAGGAAUUAAAUAGCUUUAAUUACUUGGAUCUGUACAGACUUGCUGACCUCUUUAACCUCACUUUGCUGGAGAAGGCAGUGAUCGAUUUCUUAGUGAAACAUCUCUCUGAGCUCCUGAAGAGUCGCCCAGAAGACGUUCUAACGCUCCCUUAUUGUCUGCUCCAGGAGGUUCUGAAGAGCGACCGCCUUACCUCCCUGAGUGAAGAGCAGAUCUGGCAGCUAGCCGUGAGGUGGUUGGAACACAACUGCCAUUACCAGUACAUGGAUGAGCUCCUGCAGUAUAUCCGCUUCGGCCUGAUGGACGUGGAUACUCUCCAUACAGUUGCCCUGUCCCACCCCCUGGUCCAGGCCAGUGAAACUGCAACGGCCCUUGUCAAUGAGGCCCUGGAAUACCACCAGAGCAUCUAUGCACAGCCCGUUUGGCAAACUCGCAGGACCAAACCGCGGUUCCAGUCAGACACUCUGUAUAUCAUUGGCGGGAAAAAGCGUGAGGUCUGUAAAGUCAAGGAACUUCGGUACUUCAAUCCCGUUGACCAGGAGAGUGCUCUCAUAGCUGCCAUUGCCAACUGGAGUGAGCUGGCUCCCAUGCCUGUGGGAAGGAGCCACCACUGUGUGGCAGUCAUGGGGGACUUUCUGUUUGUAGCAGGAGGAGAAGUUGAGCAUGCUAGUGGCCGGACGUGUGCCGUGAGGACUGCCUGUCGCUAUGACCCCCGCAGUAAUUCCUGGGCCGAGAUAGCACCCAUGAAAAACUGCCGGGAGCAUUUUGUGCUGGGGGCCAUGGAUGAGUACCUGUAUGCGGUGGGGGGCAGGAAUGAACUGCGCCAGGUGCUGCCCACCGUGGAGCGAUACUGCCCCAAGAAGAACAAGUGGACUUUUGUGCAGUCCUUUGACCGAUCGCUUUCAUGUCAUGCCGGAUAUGUGGCAGAUGGCCUUCUUUGGAUAUCAGGUGGGGUAACUAACACAGCACAAUAUCAGAACAGACUAAUGGUAUAUGAACCGAACCAGAAUAAAUGGAUAAGCCGUAGUCCCAUGCUGCAGAGAAGGGUCUACCAUUCCAUGGCUGCUGUUCAAAGAAAGCUUUAUGUUCUUGGAGGCAAUGACUUGGACUAUAAUAAUGACCGGAUCCUUGUGCGGCAUAUAGAUUCUUAUAACAUCGACACUGACCAGUGGACGCGUUGUAAUUUCAACCUUUUGACCGGCCAAAAUGAAUCUGGAGUUGCUGUCCAUAAUGAGAGAAUAUAUUUAGUUGGUGGUUAUUCGAUUUGGACAAAUGAGCCUCUGGCUUGUAUCCAGGUAGUGGAUAUAAGUAGAGAAGGCAAAGAAGAAGUAUUCUAUGGGCCUACACUCCCUUUUGCUUCCAAUGGAAUAGCAGCAUGCUUCCUUCCAGCUCCAUAUUUCACAUGCCCUAACCUUCAGACUCUUCAAGUGCCUCAUCACAGAAUUGGGACCAUCUGAGAGCGAAUGCUUUGUUAAUAACUAUCAUGAACAGAAGGGAAAGAAAAGCUUCACUUUUGGAUACUGGGCAUGAAAACACCCAGUGCUCAAUGCUUCCUUGUUUUGUUUUCUAUGUCUUAUAUUCAGAUAAAAAUUAGCAAAAAAUGAACCGUUUUCUAAAAUACAUUACCGAAAACUCCUGUCA